AUGAUCCCUGAGCACUUGGUGGUUAAAAAAGCAGUUGGGGAGUGGCUCGACAAGGAGAAGAAAAACCAGUCACCGCACAGACCGGAACCCGAGACUACGAAACAGAGCACACUUGAAUCCCUCAAACUGUCACCGUUUCGCGAGCCUCCAGCAGAGAUCAUCAACGCGUGGGAGCUUAUGGAGGGCCUUGAGGACGAAAUAUUGUCGGCCCGAAAAAGUCCAAAGUCGAGACCUUUACUACGUAACCUAACAGAAAUCGGCUCCCAGAGCCCAAUGAAGUUCCUGAGUCGAGUGGGGUCCCCGAGAAGUACGAAGAAAACCGUGGGCAAGGAGAAUAACGGACGGGUCAAUGUGGGCUCAACAGAAAAUAGCCCGAAAACAGUUCUUGGUGAAUCUAAUAGAUAUAACUCCAAAGAAAGCACGAAAAAGCCGUCCCCAAGACUGUGGGCCUCGAUAAAAGGAAGCCCAAAAGUGAAAAGAUCAGAGAGUCUGAGGAUCGAUCACCCGGGGGUUGUCCUGUCGAGGAGGAGUUUGGGCCCGUUUUUCGACCCGGAGCUCGUGGCCUCGUUCGAAAAGGAGGUGUUUGAAGAGGAGGAACAGAUCAAGAAGAUGAUUUCGGCCUCGUCGGACUUAAAUCCAAAUAAAUCGAAAAAUCCCCACGAAUCGGAUGCAAUUCUUGAGUCGUACGAGAAGAAAUGUCCCCCGGGGGGCUAUAACGCGAUUAUUCUGUACACGACGACCUUGAGGGGCAUACGGAGGACUUUUGAGGACUGCAACGUGGCGCGUUCGAUAAUCGGGGCACACGACGUGCAGGUUUUUGAGCGGGACAUAUCCAUGGACUCGGGCUUUAAGAAGGAGCUGAGGGAGCUGGUGGGCUGCAAGGAGGUUCGGGUGCCGUUGGUGUUCGUGAAGGGUAGGCUGAUAGGUGGGGUGGACGAGGUGGCGAGGCUGGAGGAGGAGGGCAAAUUGGGGAUUUUGCUGGAGGGGAUCCCGACGGCGGGGCCCGCGGGCUGCAGGGGAUGUGGCGGGGUCCGGUUCGUGAUGUGCCACGCGUGCAGUGGGAGCUGCAAGCUGUUGGGGAAUGAUGGGAGAAAGAGUGUCAAGUGUGGUAAGUGCAAUGAGAAUGGUUUGAUUGUGUGCCCAAUUUGUUGCUGUUAG